CAAUAGCAAUAGCAAUAGCAAUAGCAAUAGCAAUAGCAAUAGCAAUAGCAAUAGCAAUAGCAAUAGCAAUAGCAAUAGCAAUAGCAAUAGCAAUAGCAACUAUUUUAUUAAUAUAUAAUAAUAACUAUUUUAUUAAUAUAUUUGCGACAUUUGGCACAC